UAAAAACUAGAUUUUCUUGAUGAGUUUUGCAGGCUCGGUGUUGAGAGUCGCUGCCUGAGUGAGCUGGUCUCUGUUAUUGUUUACGCUCAGAGUUCAUGUAAAGUAGGUCAGAGGAAAAGAGAAGCUCGGCUAGCUGCUCGUUUACCUCUUCUAAAUCAUCUAUUUAAUGAAAACGUGUCUCGGGGGAUCGUCGUCUCCGUGUUGUCGGUGAUUUUCAGUGGAUGCUCCUUGUGACCGAGCAGCAGCAGCUGGACUGAUGCAGGUCGUCUUGGCCUCUGGACUGAACCUGAACUGACCGGUGGACUCUUCUUCUGGGCAGACCUCCCUGUUGUUAUGUCCAGGCGGAGCAGGAACAGUCGUGCUUGGAGAUAUGUUUGGGGUGAGAUACGGCGGGAUGCUGAUGCUCGGGCGCUUGUGUUGGCUUCUGAAAGUGAAGAAUGGGGCUAUGAGCGCUUAGAGAACAGUGAUUCAGAUUCUGAGGCCGACUUCUCAGCAGUGAUGGUCCCUCCGGUGGCCAGCGCAGUGCCUGUCACCGGAGAGUCGUACUGCGGCUGCGAUUCUCAGGCUGAGACCAACUACAACCCUCGUCUGCGAGGUUUCCACCAAGUCAGAGACUGCCACUGUGGCGAGGACGACCAAGAGUUCGACUGGGUUUGGGAUGCAAACAGCCGAUCGACAGCAACAAUGGUGAGCUGCGACAAUCGCAAAGUGAACUUCCACUCGGAGUACAGCUGCGGCACGGCGGCGAUCCGCGGCUCCAAGGAGCUGGCUGAAGGGCAGCACUUCUGGGAGAUCAAGAUGACGUCUCCAGUGUACGGAACAGACAUGAUGGUCGGCAUCGGGACUUCUGAUGUCAAUCUGGACAAAUACAGACACACGUUCUGCAGCCUGUUGGGGAAAGACACAGACAGCUGGGGUCUUUCUUACACUGGCUUGUUGCAUCAUAAAGGAGACAAGAUGAACUUCUCGUCUCGGUUUGGACAGGGGUCCAUCAUUGGAGUCCACCUGGACACGUGGCACGGCACUCUAACCUUCUUUAAGAAUCGCAAGUGCAUAGGUGUUGCAGCCACAGAGCUCCAGAAUAAGAGGUUUUAUCCGAUGGCGUGCUCCACAGCAGCGAAGAGCAGCAUGAAGGUGAUCAGGUCGUGCUCCGCGCCCACCUCCCUGCUCUACCUCUGCUGCGCUCGUCUACGCCAGCUGAUGCCCGACUGCAUAGACACCCUGGACGUGCUGCCACUGCCGCCGGGCCUUCGUCAGCUGCUCCACAACAAACUGGGCUGGGUGCUCAGUCUUAACAGCGGCGCCACAGAGGAAAGCCCCGAUGGGUCGUCACGCUCUCACGCCCCCCCGCUGGCUGGACCGUCAUCCUCUGAGAGCGACUCGGAGGGCUGCACGUCGGACCCUGAAGCCUGUCAGAGGAAGAGAUGUCGCUGGACAUGAGUGGACGGCGUGGACCCUACCUCCUCUUAAACACUGGCAGAUGUUACAAGUGGCAUCUAAUCGAGUGUUUCCUACCUGCCUCAAGCUUUCCCAACGUCAACGUUAUCCUGUAGUGAAGAAAGAACCAACAGGGUCAGAGUGGUACGUAAGUGCAAAACUGUGACGGCACGUUUUUACUGUGAUCUUCAUGACAUCCAAACGUCCUCAUGCUCAUCAGUAUCCGAAGCAGCUCAAGUAAUAAGUCCAACACGUGCUGUUGGUUAUAUAGCAUUACUUGUUGCCAUGUGUGUUUGGGGAUCAGUACAGUGCAACACUGAAGUCAAGCAUGGCCACAUUUUGGUGGUCAUCACGGUUUAUUUGCAAAAAAAAAAAAGGGGGAUUCAAGACUAAGAGACUUUAUAUUUUCAGUGUUUUCAUCAUGUAUGCAAGUCACGUAUAAUGUUCUCAUCCUAAAUGCUAUCAUGUCGUUACGGAGUUAUGUUACUUUUAACUGGUGUCUACAGUUUUUUUUUGUUACCUUGCCAAAGUGAAAAUCAGAGGGACGCUCUAUACCAUGAGACCAAAGUCAUAAACCUUUUUCACACAUGCACUCCUGAAAAAUUCUACAAAAUGUCCACCAGGCGGCCCCUUGAGUUACUUGAGUUACUUGUUCACACAUGCACGUCACAGGGGGAGAUUUCUCUGUCUGAUGGGGAGGGACGUCUCAGGAGGCAGGACACGACAUAAAAAAGUGGGCGCCGGGAGCCUAGUGGUUAGCGCUCCAUGUAUGGGGUGGUAGUCCUCCAGGCGUCUGGUCUGGGAUUCGAAUCCAACUUGUGGGUUCCCCACUCUCUCCGCUGUGUCGCCUCUAUCCACGGUCUUGUCUCUCAAUAAAGGCGUAAAUAAAUAAAUAAAUAAACCCUUAAAAAUAAAAGAAACGGUGGACGAAGCAGCAGCAGCGUCCAACGCUACGAUGGCAUUUCUUCCUUUAUAUCGAUGCUUUGUGUAAUUAGACGUAUUGACCGCAUGAAGCAGGUUCACUACGUGCCAGAAGAUCGUUUAGGUCAUGUAGUUUAAAACAUGGUCACCCUCAAUUUCCUGAAGAUUUCCUGCUGCUUCACCCUGACUUAACACAGAACGUGUACUGGGUUGUGGUGAAGAAUUUGUCUGUUUGCGUUGUCAUCAGCAGCUCACCCCGAACAUUUCUGGAAUUUUUCAGGAGUUUAGUGCAUGUGUGAAAACACCAUCAGAGUAUUCUUUUUUAAAAUCUUUUCGACAGUCCACAGCUCUAAAGAGCUCGACUAUCGAUAACUUUCAGAGGGAUCAAAAUAGAAAUAUUAGAAGUUCAUCUGAAUGUACUUUAUAGUAUGUUGACCUCCAAAGGAAAUAUUCGUUUUUUAUUCAAUAAUAACCAGGAUCGCCAAAUUUAUUUAAAACUUUAAGAAAAAAAAGGUGAAAGUCGCAUCAUGUGACGACAGCAGGCCGGACACGAUGCGACAUGUUUGUAGAAACUCUGGGCUUCCUGUUCUUUCAAACAGACGUGCACAGUGUGCAGAGGAUUUUAAGAUCUGAUCCUGAGAGAUGUUACUCAGAAGAGACUGUUGCACAUGAAGUCAUCGCUGUUACACCUCAUCGUUGUUUUAAGGACGUUUUUAAAAAGUGACUUUCUUUGACUUACAAAAUAAGAGACUUUGAGCAGUUUGAGUGUUUCACCUUUUUACUGAUCUGUUCUCCUGUUGGGGGUUUCACAGCCUUGUUCCUUCCCCAACUCCUCCUCAUGUUACUCUCACGGUCACACUCGAUUUUGAAUCUUGUUGUGUUCAAAGUGUUUCCCCUCUUGGCCCAGAGGGAGGACUUAAAGAAAACUUCAUUCCUUUGAUAUCCAAACAUUCUGCAGCCUGAUGUGACGAUCACUUCAGUAUGAACAGAUUAUAAAUAACUAUGGUGUGGAAACAUUUCCUCUGGGUCCCGUUUGUAAAUAAUAUUUAGUUUUCUGGAGUAUAAAAAUAUAUAUAACAGUAUAAGUGUUAAAUAGUGUUUUAUCCACAGUGUGCUGCCUCAUAAUGUUCACUCCUCGAGGUUUAAGGAGAUGUAAACAAGGCUUCAGGUACUAUGCAAUACAAGCAUCUUAUGUGAUGAAGGGACGGUCUUUCAGGCUGUUAUCGUGGACGCACUGACACACGGGUGGCGGUUCAGAGGACCAUUAGUCAUGACACGCUUAUUGUCCCAUUUAUAAGAAAUGUAACCACCGAGCGGUGGGCUCUACGUCAGCAGAUAUAUUAUUUGUCUUAUCUCACAGUCUUCACAUUGAUGCAUCCAAGCACUUUUUCUUACUGUGUUACUGUAAAUAAGAAAGUUCUAAGUGUUUCUUCUAUACCGCGUCUUACUAAUAAUACUGUAUGUAUGUAAAGACCUUUACUCGCCUUUUUCUGUAUCAGCAUGUUUCAGCUGGAAAUAAAAUGAAUGCUACGUAUGCA